CUAUGAUGAAGUGCUGUAUUCUGUUACAAGAAGCUCCCUGAAUUAGAAAUGAGCUGCUUCCCUCAACCUCAUCUAGUAAGUCAGCAGGGAGAAGGUGCAGCCUGGCCUGUUGAAGAGAGGCUGCUCAUCGAGCAGCUACUGGUACCCCUGAUCACUGCUACCUCCUGGGCCAUUCUCCUGAUCCAUCUGUCCUCUGCUUCCCAGCAGCCCCGAGCGUGGUCUCCAGUUCCGUGAGAAGAUCCCACCUCUGGAGUAGAGGUCCUGCCGUGGCCUGAGAAGGCUCGUCUCCACUGUUUGCUCAGCAAGCGCCAGGCCAGAAGACAGCCUGGAAAAAAGGAAGACGGCACCCGGUGCAAUCACGGAUGUGGGUAAGACCUCGCAGCUGCUUCGGGUGCACAGUCCUCAGCAAUGAAUCCCGAGGAACGGAUCGUGACAUGGCUCAUCUCUUUGGGAGUUUUAAAUUCCCCCAAGAAGACCAUCUGUGAUCCGGAGGAAUUCUUGAAGGUGUCUCUGAAAAAUGGGGUAGUGCUAUGCAAACUGCUAAACCGGCUUGUUCCAGGAGCUGUGGAAAAGCACUGUCAGGAGCCCCAAACGGAAGCUGACUGCAUCAGUAACAUUAAGGACUUCCUCAAAGGCUGUGCAUGCCUUCAGGUGGAGGUAUUUGAUCCUUGUGACCUUUACACAGGCAACAAUUUCUCCAGAGUGCUGAGUACCCUUUUAGCUGUCAACAAAGCCACUGAGGAUUACCAAGUUUCAGAAAGACCAUGCCAGCCUUUCUCUUCCAUUAGUGCAGUUUCCAGUUCUCAGACGAACAUCCCAGGAGCGAUUUCUAACUCAGCACCAGUGCUAAGAAGACAUUCAAAGGCAGCGGAGAUGACUGAAAAUGGGAACCACCAGCUGGUAGUAAGGGCAAGAUUCAACUUUAAGCAGACCAAUGAAGAUGAGCUGUCAGUAUGCAAAGGCGACAUCAUUUACGUCACUCGAGUAGAAGAAGGUGGCUGGUGGGAAGGCACUUUGAAUGGGAAAACUGGCUGGUUCCCCAGUAAUUAUGUCAGAGAAAUUAAGCCUAAUGAGAAACCUGGCUCCCCAAAGAUGGUAAAAGGACUUGACACUCUUCAGCUUACCAAGAAUUACUACAGUGUGGUUUUACAGAACAUCCUGGAAACGGAACAGGACUAUGCUAAAGAGCUACAGUCACUUCUUGGGACUUACUUAAGACCUCUUCAGUCCAAUGACAAGUUGAGUGCUGUGGAAUUUGCAUCUUUAUUGGGCAACUUUGAGGAAGUGUGCACAUUUCAGCAGACCCUGUGCCAGGCCUUGGAGGAAUGUGCAAAACUUCCAGAGAAUCAACAGAAAGUUGGAGGCUGCCUGCUGUCUCUCAUGCCUCAGUUUAAAUCUCUGUAUCUCACUUAUUGUGCUAAUCAUCCCUCAGCUGUGAAUGUCAUAACUCAGCACAGUGACAGUUUGGAAAAAUUUAUGGAGAGUCAGGGAGCAGCCAAUCCAGGGAUUCUGCUUUUGACAACCAACCUCAGCAAGCCCUUCAUGCGCCUGGAAAAAUAUGUGUCUCUUCUCCAGGAACUGGAGCGGCACAUGGAGGAAUCUCAUCCGGACCACCAGGAUGUUCUAAAAGCUACUGGAUCAUUCAAGUCACUGGUGGCCCAGUGUCAGGACCUGAGAAAGAAAAAACAGCUGGAGUUGCAGAUUCUUUCCGAAACCAUUCAGGGCUGGGAAGGAGAUGAUAUCAAAACCUUGGGCAAUGUCAUCUUUAUGUCGCAAGUAAUGGUGCAGGGUGGCACCAGUGAGGAGAAAGAAGAAAGAUAUUUCUUGUUAUUUCCAAGCGUUUUACUCAUGGUUUCAGCAAGUCCUCGGAUGAGUGGCUUUAUCUUUCAGGGAAAACUCCCAAUUGCAGGAAUGAUGCUGACAAGACUGGAUGAAAGUGAAGGUGGUGACUAUGCAUUUGAAAUAGCAGGUCCCCUGUUCGACAGGAUGAUGGUGUUCUGUUCCAGCAGCCAGGAUCUCCAGGAGUGGCUGGAUCACCUGCACAGACUAAUCAGGGGCACUGGCUCAGGCAGCGUGCUUGUGAAAACCCAGUCAUGGAGCGCCCAGUCUGUAAGCACUGGGCUUGGUUCUGCCCCUGGGGAGUCUGAUGAGGUCCAGGUAUCGAUGAGUGUCUCUGCUUCCACGGCAAGUCCCGUGUGUCGCGCCAUGUAUCGAAGACGUCUGAAAAGCCGCCAGCAUGUGGCCUGUUCUUCUAGUGCUGCCGGACAACCUCGAGGACCACUGGAGCCUCCCCCAAUUCCAAAGCCCUGGAGCUUAAGUUGUCUCAGACCCGCACCUCCUCUUAGACCGUCAGCAGCUCUAGGUUACAAAGAGGAUUCCAGCAAGAGCCCCAAAACAAUGAAGAAGUUUCUCCAUAAAAGAAAAACAGAGAGAAAAGCAUCAGAGGAAGAAUAUGUCAUUAGGAAAAGCACAGCAGCCUUGGAAGAAGAUGCCCAGAUCUUGAGAGUGAUUGAGGCCUACUGCACCAGUGCCAGUGCAGGCCUUCAGCAAAGCCAUGGCUCAGGUGCUCGCAAGGACUCCAUCCCACAAGUCUUACUCCCAGAGGAAGAGAAAAUUAUUGUGGAAGAGACAAGGAGCAAUGGGCAGACAGUUAUAGAAGAAAAAAGCCUCGUUGAUACUGUUUAUGCGCUGAAGGAUGAAGUCAAGGAAUUAAAGCAGGAGAAUAAAAAAAUGAAGCAAUGCCUAGAAGAAGAAUUGAAGUCAAGGAAAGACUUAGAAAAGUUAGUCAGGAGGCUCUUGAAGCAAACCGAUGAGUGCAUGAGGGCAGACUCGGGUAGCAAGGCUUCCCUCCUGGCUUGAGGUUACCCGAAUCACGCUGCCGGCAUUCACUCAUGUGCAUCUUGGGAUCUCCGGGAAAGGAAGAUCAGACCUUUUGAUUCACUUUGCUCCUCGCCUUGUCUGCUUUUUGUGUAUUUGACUGUUUUCUAUUAUGGGGGAAAUCAGGAGUCUGUAGUAGAAAUAGCCUUCCAUUCAAAGAGGAUAUGAAACAAAUAGAAAUUAUUGCAAUGAGAAGGGGCAGCAAAGGCCCUAGAUUCACAGUUCAUCCAAUCUCUUCUUCAGCUGAAUGGGUCACUAGUUCUUUGGACAAAGCUGCUUUCCAAAAAGCUGCCAAGUGGUGCCCAAUAAGGGAGACUGGCUCACUCACUCCUUCCUCCCAAAGAAGCCUCUCAGUUAGUCAUUCAAGAAGCAUUGGUUAAGCCCCCACUAUUUGCCAGGCUGGAGAUACAAAGACAAAAACAAAAUGACUUGUCCUCAAGGAGCUUACACUCUACUCAGGAAGGGUCAGUGUGACAAGUCAAUACCAAAUAGAUACAAAAUCGUUAUGGAAUACUCGGGGGAUGGCGCUAAUAACUGGGAGGUGGGGUGGGUGAGGAAUCGAGAAAGGCCUUCCAAAGGAAUGGGAAAGCACUGCUCUGUUCAUCCAGAUCGUCCAACUUGUGGCCCUCCUCCUUCAUGUACACACAUUCAGGUUUUUUCUUGGAUUUCCCAACGAGAUAGUGUAGUAGACUCAGUAGUCCUUUUGUUGCUUUUGUGUUGGUUUCAUUGACAUGCUUGAUUUCACUUGAUGGAGCAGGAGCAACCAUCCUUGCCACGAAUGCUGAGCUGUGAUGCCGGUAGCCUAUUUCUAGCGUGUGAUGACAGUGUUGCGGCAGCUUCUCCAGCUAGAGCAUCAUAGAUGGUUUGCAUUUCCCCAGUGCUUGGACUUAACCAUAGUCAAGGGUACAUCAUUCUGUUUGGAACGUGCUUUUGCUUACUACUCCCCUCCUUGUAGUCAGACCAUGAGCUCGCUGGGACAUUUCCAAGUCUCCACCAAGAGAAGAGGCUGAGUUCUAACAGGAGAUGCUCACUCACUCUCCUUGGCCCACUAAUAGGUUGUGGCAAGAGUUGGAGCAGUCCCCAAGCCCCAUCCCCACCAAGGAGGGAGCCUUUCAAUAUCAUUUACAAGAAUCUGCUCUACUCAGGAAGGCCAAUGUCUGUCCACCUGCAAGUGUGGCCUGCUUGGAGCCGGCAUAUCUGCCUUUCUGGCUCCCCCCUUUUCCUCAUGGGAUCCCAGCAGUCCAGAUUGGGCCGUAGCUCAUGGUCAUAGACAUAGUCAGCAGAUCCCAGGCAUGAUUCAGUGCAAUUUAGGAAAGGAUGUGUGGUAGAUACUUAGCAAGUCCCCAAAGCAGGUGCGGCUUUGUCCUGGUGGGACAGAUCCCUUUUGAGGGAUGGAAAAAAGAUUGAAAAACAAAACAGAAGUGAACCAAAAAAAAGUUGUUCUCCAGAUGUAUUGGCCAGGAAUACUGAUGAGUGACAGUUUAUGCAAAUGCUGUUUUAAAACACCCCCUCACCCAUUCAAACUUGAUUGCUGUGCUCCCCAAAGUGGCCACCCCUCCCUCCUGGUACUCGGUACUCGGUGGUCUCCAGUUCCUGCUGCUACACAGUAUGGUACGUGGCUUUUUGCUUGCUGCCCCCCCGGGAAAGUACUCUUCUCAGGAAGUAGGCUGGCCAAGGUAAUGCUGGGAAAGAACCAUGCUCCCCUGUCACCUACCUAAAUUCAUCUGGGCCAAUCUCAUCCUCAUAGGUUCCAAAGGGUCAGGAAAGUCUGAGAGGGACUUUUACCUUGUAAAGGGAGCUCAGCUCUCUCAUUUUUCAGAUGAGGAAACCAAGGCCUAGCACAUUUUGGAGAUCAGUCUAGGCCUCAUUUUUGUCCUCUCUAAAAUGAGGGGCUUGAACUAGACAGUCUCUGCAGUCCCCUCUCAGUUUAGAUCUCUGAUAAGCUAUUUUCUUCACAUAGCAAGGAACAUGGCUAUUUUGAGGGCUCAGACAUCAUCCCCGAUAAAAGCUAGGCCUCAUUUGAAUUGUCCCCUCCGAAGUUACAGAACAAUGUGAAGACAAUGAACAGGAAACUCCUGGUGACAUAAGGAACUUAAAUGGAUCAUAGUCACGGCAGGAAAGCAGACCGUGCCGAAAAACAAUUUUCUAAUGCUGAGCUAUACAGACGCCUGCUGAAGAGGUCUCUGGGCCCCUGAUGGGAGAAGCAUGGUACUUCGGGUAACGGAACCCAUACUGAGCAUGGUUGUCGCAGUUACGAACCAAAUGACAAGAGCGAGGAAAUGAAGCCAUGUGAAUUCGCCAGCACUGGUUCCAUAUUUGCUUUUGUAAAUAUCUUGUCCCGUUAUCCUCUCGAUUGCUGCCUCACUGUGAAGAGGCGGCUCCAUUUAUCUUCUCCCAGGGUAGGCUAAUUUCCUGUCAUUUCUCUUAUGCAAACCCAGUUUUUCUAACCUGUUUUGAUUUUGAACGCUUUUUAAAAUGACAUUUUCAAUCAAUAAAGGACGACAAUGCCUUAUAAAUGAGA